AUUUAUGUAGUACAUACUUUUAAAUCAUUUAUGAUUUGUUAGUAAGAUUAUGCAAAGAAAUGAAGUUACGUGGUUUCACGUGUGUUAAAAGAUAGCGUAUACUUAAUACAGUAAAAUUCAUCGUAAUGAUGUAACGUCAAAAUGCAAUAUUUCGAAGCUAAGAGCAGAUUCGAUAAAUACCCACGAUAGCACAAGCAUCGUUUUUUAAUAUCGAUAGAUAACAUUUGCAUAGUAUACAACGAUCGUUGAUUUCUCUACAGUAUUCUAUGAUGCAACGAAAAGUAAUUUGUUAAAGAGCGGAUUAAAAUAGACAGUGAAUGAUUUCUAAUCAUCAGUAUGUGCGAAGACGUCCAUAUCAAAGAGCAAUGGCAACUUUUACAAAGUCUUCGAAAUACCGUAGAAGGUUUAUUAGUCGAUGGUGUUUCAAAUGUAUGGAACGUUUAUGGUGGUUUAAAUCGCCUUCAUAACGUAAUGGAACGGAUAUUCAAACAUGGGUGUCGAAUAUUUAAUCAAAAUGGAGAACCAGAUUGUUGGAUCUUUAUUCAAGGAUUAAAUUGGCUACAACCUUUAGCACUGUCACCUGUUGAUUCUGAAACUGAAGAUUAUCAUUCAAAUGUACCAACUAGAAUAACAUCACAAAAAGAUAUGUUAUGGUUGUAUGAAAGUUUGGAAAAUCAUUCUUUGUCACAUAAGCUUUCAUGGCUUUUGUCUGAUAAGGAACAUUUACUUUAUUGUUUUGAACCAUGGGCAUUUUUGUGUCAAGAGAACUUAGCUGAAACCACAUUAUUAUGUCUAAGAGCAGUUGAGAAAAAUCAACCUGUACUACUCACAGAAAUUGAUCCAUCUUUAUUUCUACCAUGUUGGAUGUCUUCAAAAUCAAGUCCAAAAAAACAUCAUCGGUCGUCUUCAUAUCCAAUUAAUUUUCCAACCACAAAUUUUAGUGUGGUACAAGAUAAGGCUAUACAUAUAGAAAAAUGUCAAUUAGAAUCUCUAAAAAUAUCAUCAGAUAAAGUUGUUAAACAUCAUGAUAUUAGGUCUGAAGAAAAACAUCAACAUCAAACUUACAAUUCUAAAGAAAUUAGUGAUAUACCUUUGAAAACUUGGAACAGUCUGUCAGCAUUGACUAAAAGCUGUAUAGCUUCAGAGGAAAAUGCUUCUGCAUCUUCAUCAUGUGUUACAGAUAUUAAUUCAUUCAAAAAUAAUAAUUCCCAAACCUCCCCUGUACCAUUAUCAGAAAUAAUUAAUGUAAAUUAUGCUAAAUUAAAACAUUCAACAUCUACAGAAAUGGAUAAUAAAUUGCUUGCAAAAUCAAGAACAUCAGUAAGGAAAAUGAAAAGUAAAGUUAAAAUUAAACAAAAUCAAAUUAAUAAGAAAUCUAGUGAAGAUUCUGAUGUAUUCUGUUACGAAGAUAUAUCAAUAAAUGACACUGAUACGAGUACAUGUAAUGCAAAUUCCAUGGAGAUUAAUGCUUCUGAAAAGCCAAGGAGGAAGACUUCAUUCUUGGCAGGAUCAGCACCUGAAUUCACUGGUCCAUGGAGUUUAGAGGGUCAGAAAGACAUAAGAACACCAAAGAAAAGUUUUAUGGAGGAUGGAGGAAGUAGCGUUCAACCUAUGGCAAUAGGAUAUUUUCCGCGUCCAACAGAAGGUCAAAGUUUAACUAGUUUUCUAGCUUCUGCACAAUUUUCUAGAGCUAAUGCUGAAUUGGAUAGGGAAAACGCACACUUCAGUGUUUCUGAAGCUAUGAUAGCUGCCAUUGAGCAAGUUAAAUGUAACAGACAAUGGCGCCUUAUGGAAGAUACUGCCGAGGAAAGUGAUGAAGAAAUAAAUAGUCUAAAACAGAGGAUACGAUUGAGAUUGAGUGAUGGAAAAACAGAUACAACAACCACAGAUCAAAGUGUUAGUCCAUUAUCAACUUCAUCGGAUACUUCGUCUGAAAAUAUUUUUACAGAUAUAGAGGAUCUAGAAGUGGAUGACGAGCGAAACGCAUUAAAACUCAAGAACGCCGGAAUUUCUAUAUCUAUGGCAUCUUUAUAUUCAGGUGCACAUUUGUAUCAAUCAUCUCCUGGACAUGGAACGGAAUCAACACGGACGGAAAGUAGUAUGUCCGCAGAAGGUGUAGCUUUGUCACUUCUUAGUAGGUUUAGCGAAAAACAAUUACCGAGAGCGAGUGAAUUGCAAUGGCUCGUUUCUGAAAAAGAUGCACCACAAAGAUUGUUACCAUUACCAAAAAGUUGGCCAAUUAAUCCAGAUGAUGUAAAAAAUUCACAAUCAAUUCCGUUGCGUGGGACCAUGGAAUGGGCUCCACCAAGGCCUCAAAUUAUUUUCACAUCACAUCCUCCACCAGUGCGGCGAACUCUUAUAGCUAAGCAGAAUUAUAGGUGUGCGGGAUGUGGAAUGAAAGUUGCAGUAAAAUAUGCAAAUAAAUUUCGUUAUUGUGAGUAUAUAGGUAGAUAUUUCUGUACUGGAUGCCAUACUAAUCAAGUGUCAUUGAUACCUGGGAAAAUUUUAUCUAAAUGGGAUUUUAACAGAUAUUCUGUAUCAAACUUUUCAUACAGAUUAUUGGAUCAGAUGAUGUCAGAUCCAUUAUUUCAAAUAAAUGACUUAAAUUCAUCAUUGUAUAGACGCAUAAAACAAUUAGACAGGACAAGACUAUUACGUACACAAUUAUUUUUCUUUAAAGAUUUUUUAUUUACAUGUCGAUUUGCGACAAGUGUUCAAGAAACAUUGAAAAAGGAACAAAAUUAUAUAAUAAGUGAACCUCAUGUGUAUUCCAUUCAAGAUUUAAUACUUGUCAAGUAUGGUAUUCUGCCAAUGAGAUUACAGGAAUUAGUUCAAGUGUGCAAUAUGCAUAUUAUAGGCUGUGAGUUAUGCCAAGCUAGAGGAUUUGCAUGUGAGCUAUGUCAUUUCAAAGAUGUCAUAUUUCCAUGGGAAUUCUCAAAAGUUAGUAGGUGUGAAGUGUGUGGUGCUUGUUUUCAUAACAAAUGUAAGCAAAAGUUUAAUAAAGCGGAUUGUCCACGUUGUAUUCGCUUACAUGAUAGACGAAUAUCUAGAGAAGAACAAUUUUGA